GGUGUCCGCAUUGACCCCAAGGACCUCAAUGCCAUUUUGUCACUAAGAGAAAAGUCACCAAGCACCAUUGGAGAAGUACGAAGAUUGCUGGGAUUCUUAAGUUAUUACAGAACAUACAUUCAGGACUUCUCUAGAAUUGCCAAACCCAUCUAUGAUCUUCUGCAAAUAAAGAGCAAUAAUGCACAUGGAGUGAUGGAAAGAAGCAACAAAACCAAAGGGAAAAGUAACCAGCUUCCUUCUAAAACACCAGUGGUCUGGACUGAAGAACACAAGAAUACCCUGGGAACACUGAUUGACAUUCUUACCCAUCCACCUGUCCUGGCUUAUCCUGAUUUCAACUCUCCAUUCACUCUCCAUACUGAUGCAUCUGAGAAGGGUUUAGGCGCAGUUCUCUAUCAAUGGCAGAACGGAAAGUUAAGGGUCAUUGCAUAUGGAUCUAGAACUCUUACCCCAGCAGAGAAAAAUUACAAUCUUCACUCUGGCAAGCUUGAAUUCCUAGCUUUGAAGUGGGCUAUAUGUGAGAAAUUCCGUGAUUAUCUGUUUUAUGCAUCUCACUUCACUGUAUACACUGAUAACAACCCCCUGACCUAUGUGAUGAGCACCGCCAAGCUAAAUGCUGUGGGUCAUCGUUGGGUGGGAGAAUUGUCCGAUUACAACUUUGACAUCAAGUACCGACCAGGAAAGGAAAAUAUAGAUGCUGACACUCUUUCUCGUUGUCCUCUGGACAUAGAGCAGUAUGUAGCCUCAUGUUCAGAGGAAAUGUCAGUUGAUGCAGUUCAUGCAACCUGGGAAGGGAGCCAGGUAGCAAAGAAAAGGGAUGUAGCCUGGAUAGCUUCUCUCAAUACAACUCAGAACUCUGACAUUACAAACACAUGCCCAGAAUUCUCUCACCAUGGUUUUCUGUCAACAAUAAAUCACAGUGAGUUACAGAGAGCACAGAAAGAAGAUCCUGCUAUUAGGGAAAUAAUCAAACUUAAAGAAAACAAUCAAACUCUCACCACUGAAGUCAGAAGAGGGUUGCAUGGUCCAGCCAAGAAGUUACUACAUGAGUGGAAAAAACUGCACAUCGACAAUGGCUUGUUGUAUCGCAAGACCACUCAUCAGAAACAACUGGUCUUACCUGCUGAAUUUAAGAAGAAGGUCCUGAAGCAUCUUCAUGAUGAUAUGGGUCAUGUGGGUACAGAAAGGGUGAUACAUCUGGCAAGGGAGAGAUUUUACUGGCCACAUAUGAAAGUUGACAUUGAAAAUUAUGUUACCAGAAGAUGUUCGUGUAUUAAGCAAAAGAAGCCUGUUACCCAUGAGAGGGCUCCAAUGGGAAGCAUCACAACCACUUUUCCUCUUGAACUCGUUUCCAUAGAUUAUCUCCACUUGGAGAAAAGUAAAGGGGUUUUGAGUACAUACUAGUUGUUGUUGAUCACUUUACCAGAUAUGCUCAAGCUUAUGCAACCAAGAACAAGUCUGGAAGAACAGCAGCCGAAAAGAUAUUCAAUGAUUUUAUUCCACGAUUUGGAUAUCCAAAUAAGCUGCAUCAUGACCAAGGAAGAGAGUUUGAGAAUGAGCUGUUCAAGACCUUGAGUAGACUCUCUGGAGUUGGACAUUCAAGGACCACACCCUAUCACCCCCAAGGCAACCCAGCUGAGCGAUUCAAUAGGACUCUUCUACAAAUGCUGAGAACACUCCAAGAAAAGGAAAAGGAGAAUUGGAAAGAGCAUCUACCACGUGUUGUCCAUGCAUAUAACUGCACAAGACAUGAGGCAACUGGAUUCUCACCCUUCUACUUAAUGUUUGGUCGAUCUCCUCGUUUGCCAGUCGAUCUACUGUUUGGACUGAAUUUAGAAGAAACAGAUGAGUCUCAGACAAGAUAUGCUGACAGAUGGGCUGCGCGAAUGAAGGAGGCAUACAGAAUUGCAAGUGAAAACAGUAGACUGUCAAGUGAAAAAGGAAAAAAAUAUUAUGAUCGUCGGUUGAAGGGAAUCACUCUGCAUCCUGGAGACAGAGUGCUGGUCCAGAAUAUGAUGAGAAAAGGGGGACCAGAAAAACUUAAGUCUUACUGGGAGAAGCAAAUAUACGUCAUUAAAGAACAACUAAAUGACACUCCAGUUUAUAGACUUUGUCCAGAGAAUGACCCAUCCAAAAUCCGUACUCUGCAUAGAAAUCUGCUUCACCUUGUAAAUGACUUACCUGUUCUGUCACCUGUAUCAGAGAUGCCACCUGCAGCAGAAAAGGGGAAGAACAGAAUGACAAGAAAGACAAGGUCUAAAUCAAAGAGAGACACUUCAUUAAACAGUGAUACGACUGACUCUGAGGAUGAAAAUACACACUACUGGAUAAGGAUGCCAGAAAAUAUACAGAAAUGUGCUGAAAAUCUACAACCUAUGUGGUCAAAAGAGAGAAGAGAAUCAGAAGAACUUACACUUCCAAGUCUCGGAGGACCUGUAAGUGGAAAGAGAGAAAGCAAGCAAAAAGAACAACCAACAGAAACACAAGCAGACGAAGAAUACUUACCUGUAGAUGAGGAGCCAUUUGUAUCAGAGAGCAUAGAUAAGGAAUACUUACCUGUAGAAACACAAGCUGAUGAAGAAUACUUACCUGUAGAUGAGGAGGCAUUCAUACCGAAGAGCAUCCAUGAAGACAGAGGCACUCCUGUUAUCCUAACUAACCCACACACAACUACACAAAAUCCCCUUUCAAUAGAACCCACAAGAUCUACAAGAAAUCGAAGACCAGUGCAGAGACUCACCUACUCACAUUUAGGUCAGCCAUCAUUACAGACACACACAUCAGUUAAUACUUUAGGGUUUAGUGGGACAUCAGCCAUGCCAGCAAGCAGUUAUUCACAAUACUACUCUUAUCCAACACCAACAUUCUACAUACCUGCUCUUUUUAUACCAUAUCAGACACUGACACCAUUAAAUAACCCCAUAUUUGCCUACUGAAAGAUAAAAAGGAACCAAUAAGGUUAUUUAAACAAAAUAUGGAGGCAUUAGCUUUUUUGUUGGGGAGAGUGUGACCACCCCACAACAUAUAGUUUGGGUCACAAAUUAAAUUAUUUGUACAUAUUCCAUUUUUUUCCUGUUUAUCUCUAUUUAUAUGUGUAUAUAAGGUUUAUUUAAAUUACUUAAAUGUAUUGUAAUGAGCUUACAAUAAAGAGUUUAGCUGCAUUUUCUGAAUUCGGAAUGGCAGUUAAGAGAGAGUUGAGUUACCGUGACGACUACAGCACAUCCUCAGACAACAAAGAGGACCGUGAAAGCAACAACUAACUCUCGUCUCUCUCAUUUCCUACUAAGUUGAUUACUGCUUACAGUCUUCCCAACUGCCUGGGACCUGUAACA